CUACUGAACCCGUGCCUUCUCGUGCCCGAGGUGUGUGGCCCCACGGUGCACAGGGCCUGCGGGGAGAACAUGUACGUCAAUGGCUACUGCUUCCUCCUGGACCAGAGCCUCCAGCAGCGCCAGCGCAUCCCGGACACCCAGCCAGAGUGCCCCAAACAUGUCACAGACAUAGUGCUCCUCGUCGACAGUUCGGGCAGCAUCGCAUCUGUGGACUUUGGAAAGAUGAAGACGUUUCUCUCUGAGAUCAUGAAGCGUUUCCGCAAAACCGACACGCAGUUCGCCCUCAUGCAGUACUCCAAUAAAUUUGAAUUUCACUUCGACUUCAUGAAGUACAGGAGAAGUCACAACCCCGAUCAUCUUCUCCAGGGGGUUGAGCAGCUUCAUGGAACGACGUACACGGCCACAGCCAUCCGGAAAGUGGUGCGGGAGCUGUUCACCUCUGGGAGAGGCGCUCGGGAUGAGGCCACCAAGGUUCUCAUUGUGAUCACAGAUGGGCAGAAAUACAAUGACCCACUUUCUUAUUCAGACGCCAUCCCAGAGGCUGAGAGAGCUGGGAUCAUCCGCUACGCCAUCGGGGUCGGCCAGGCCUUCUCCAGCGCUGCUGCCCAACGGGAGCUCCAGGAGAUCGCCUCUCAGCCCAGCAACGAGCACGUCUUCCGGGUGGACAGUUUUGACGCCCUCCAGGGCAUCCAGAACCAGCUGCAGGAGAAGAUCUUCGCCAUCGAAGGCACCCAGUCCCAGAGCGGCAGCUCCUUCCAGCUGGAGAUGUCUCAAGAAGGAUUCAGUUCCCUGCUGUCCCCUGACGGGCCUGUGCUGGGAGCGGUGGGAGCCUAUGACUGGUCCGGUGGGAUAUACCUGUACGGGAGCAGCGGGAAGCCGAGUUUCAUCAACGUAUCCAGAACCUCCACUGAUAUGAAUGAUGCUUACCUCGGUUAUUCGUCUCAGGUCAUCACAGCCAAUGGGCAGAGCAGCUACGUGGUCGGGGCCCCUCGCUACCAACACGCCGGCAAAGUCGUCCUGUUCAGCCGAGAUACCAAGGGCGGGGAAUGGACACCUAGAUCGGAGGUGUUGGGAGAACAGAUCGGCUCGUAUUUUGGGGGUACACUGUGUGCUGUGGACCUCGACAGAGAUGGGAACACGGACCUGCUUCUGAUUGGAUCCCCCAUGUACUAUACACCCCUGAAUGGAGGACGAGUCUACAUCUGCCUGAUUAACUGGCUGGGAGCGACGCUGAUCUGCAGUAAGACACUGCAGGGGCAGACGGGGCAGGCGUUCGGGCGCUUUGGGGCCAGCAUGUCCGAAAUCGGGGACAUUAGUGGGGACGGACGGACGGACGUGGCCAUUGGGGCCCCCCUGGAGAACAGCAAUCAUGGGGCCUUGUACAUCUUCCAUGGGGAAAAGGGAGGCCUCAGUCCCCAUUACAGACAGCGCAUUGAGGGGUCACUGUUUCCCAGCAGGCUGCACUACUUUGGCCAGGCCGUCAGUGGCGGGACAGACCUGACGGGGGACGGACUCCCAGAUAUUGCGGUAGGAGCACAAGGGCAGGUCCUGCUGCUGAGGUCCCGGCCAGUGCUCAGAGUCGGGGUCUCCAUCAGCUUCCAGCCCCCCACGAUCCCCACCUCGGCCUUCAACUGCCAGGAGCAGGAGCAGCUCAACACAGAGGCCAGCAGAGCAGAGGUCUGCUUCACCGUCACUAAGAGCACCAUGGACAGCCUAGGCGACAGGAUCUCCAGCACCAUCCAGUACAGCCUGGCCCUGGACCCCGGGCGGACGAAGAUCCGAGCCGCCUUCAACUCCACCGGCCCCGUCCUGAGCAGGGAGCUGCGGCUCGGCAUCGAGACAAGAUGUGAGACAUACCGGAUAACGUUACCUCUCUGCCCAGAGGACACCCUGACCCCCAUCACCCUGCAUGUCAGCUACACCCUGACGGGGGAGCCCAUCACUGCCACCAGCCGCCUCAGACCCAUCCUGAGCGAGGACUCCGCGCCAGUGUCUGCAGGCUCGCUCCCGUUUCAGAAGGACUGUGGCACCGACGACCGCUGCCAUGACCAGUUAGAAAUCUCCUUCAAUUUCUCUGGCUUGAGCACCCUGGUGGUGGGGGUCACCCCUGAACUCAACACCACCGUCUCCAUCCAGAACCGUGGGGAGAAUUCCUACAGCACCACGGUGCAGUUCUUCUACCCGGCCGCGCUGUCCUACCGCCGGGUCCUGCUGCUCCAGUCCAACAGGAGGGCCAUGGUCGUUAAGUGCAGCUCGGCCGUGGGCUCCGAGGAGCAGACUCAAAGGAACAGCACCUGCCAGAUCAACCACCCCAUCUUCGGGAGUGGAGCUGAGGCCGUCUUCGUCGCCACCUUCGACGUCUCCUCUGAGGCCAACCUGGGGGACAGGCUGCAGAUCACAGCCAACGUCAGCAGUGACAAUGGCGGCCCCAUCACCGAGCGCAUGAUUGACCGGGCAGAGCUGCCAGUCAAGUACGGCAUCUUCAUCAUCCUCACCAGCCUCGAAGAGUCAACCAAGUACGUCAACUUCUCUGCCGAGGAGGCAGGGACAAGUGUGCCAGUGACACAUCGGUACGAGCCCCAGCCCCAGCUGGCUCAGUGCAGCAGUGAGGUGGGAACGACUGGUUCAAAGGACUUUGUGAAGCACAUGAGCGAGCGCCCCCUGCUGGACUGCUCCGUGGCCACCUGUAAGAAGAUCCGGUGCAGAAUCACCUCCCUGGAAAUGCGGCAGCCGCUGGAGUUCAUGAUCAAAGGGAACGUCAGCUUCCAGUGGGUCUCCCAGACACAGCAGCAGAAAGUGAGUCUGGUGAGCGAGGGCCGGAUUGAAUACGAGGAGAAGAAAUACACCCAGAAGGAGGGAUUCGUCCAGCGCCAGGUGCAGACGGUGGUGGAGCGCUACGAGGUCUAUAACUACCUGCCCAUCAUCGUGGGAAGCAGCAUGGGGGGCCUGGUUCUGCUGGCUCUCAUCACUGCAGCCCUCUGCAAGCUCGGCUUCUUCCAGCGCCAGUACAAGCAGAUGAUGGAGGAUGCUGUGGAGGGCGAGGGGCCUGGCCCGACCCAGAGCGCCGCUGCUGGCAACCCCCCUGUUGCCGAUGCCCCUAAACAAUAGCACCCCAUGUGCCAACGCCCCUGGCUUUGCCUCCGUCUGGGCUGCUCCAGAACCACCAUUGCCCAUUAUGUUGCCACCUCCAAGAUGCAGAAAAAUUGGUCACUGGCCUCCUCCCACCAACAAAAUGCGUCCUAGUGCCAACUUGCCCCACUUUCCCCCCUCCCUCUGGGUGGCCCUGGUUUGAAGCAACUUUUUUUUCUCUUUUUACCAAUUUAAAUUAUCCCAGUUGUGGAAAUUUGUGUGCGUGUGGGGGGGAAGUCGGGCCAUACGUGGAGGUCAGACAAUUAUUUAAUGGCGGUUGAGAUUAAAAAAGUUAAAGCUUUAUAAUGUUAUAUUCACCGCGCACCCCAACUGCUCGCAAAAUAUUUCCAUAGCUAAUAAUUGAAAUUUGUAGAUAAGCAAAGUAAGAAUAAUGCUACUUGAGAACUUCUUAGAGUUGGAUUUGAGGAAAUUGACUUUGUAUAUUUUGACAUGUGAUGUUAAUUUUUGUUUGAAUAGUUAUAAAGCUUGACCUUUUUAAAAUCAACAUCUGUUGUCAUUACAGAAUUAGGUUUUGAUCCCCACAGGAAUUUUCCACAACUGAACAUUUAAAUCAAUAAAAAUUGAAAAAGAUGGUUAGAAAUAAACAUCAAUACUGUCUGUGUAUUCUGCCAAGCCUAUUUAUAACCGUUAAAACCACAAAUUGGCAACAUCACAUGUCAAAAUGUACAAAGUAAUUAUCCUGAAAGCAGCCCCAAAGACACCUGCAUGGCCAAAAGUUUUCUCCACAGUAAGGUGGGAUUCGAGUAAGCUCGCCAGGAGCAUUGUUCAUUCUUUAGCUAGCUGAACAUUUGGAUUGUUAUCGAUGGAAACAUUUUGCCAUUGGUUUGUAUGCGUGUGUGAUGGAAGUGAUGGUUGCUGACCAUUACCGCUAAAAAUUUCAUUGUCCCAAGCCUACUUAAAACGUGGUCUAAGUGGACAACAAAAAUGACCACCCAAACCCCCAGCCCCUCUCUGUGUGUUUCUAUGUUCUGUUAGGAAAUGACAGAUCCUUGGAGCUGCUUGUCCUCCUACUCUGGUGAGCAACAAACAAAUACAUGCAAAGGAAGCUCAAACAGGUGAGGAAAAGCCAGCAGGAAAGAUCCUUCCACAUAGACUCUGUGUUCCCUGGUGCCCAGCUGGAAAUGUUUUUCAAGCAUGGGCCUGAAACAAUAAAAAGGAGGGACAAACAGCUUAAACCCCUCCCUGCCCAUGGCAUUCACUACACCUGAAGAGAGAAAGGAAGUAUUUACCGGACACAGAGGAAGGGGGCCUGAGCUGCACAGUCUGGUCAGGAAGGCUGCUGAAAGCAUGUGGUGAGACACUUUGCUUGAAUCUGAUACAGUGUGUUAAGUUAGGCACUAGUAAACAUUUCAUCUUUUAUUUU